UUCUGAUCCUUGGAUCAAGUAAGGCACUAAACUUUUCAGUAAUUCAGCUUUUGCCCAUUAUUCUAUCUCUCUAUUGCAUUUUACCCCUACAUUUGUUUUGGUCCUUCCAUGCUCAGUCUGAUAUGGGUGGGAAGUGUAGGUUGAGGUUCAUAUAAUCAAACUCGGAUUUCAGUUCAUCGGAUUGGUCUAUUUGGGUCCGUGUUUGUGUUGCUUUGCGCUUCUUUUGUAGCGAUGAUGAAUUUUAACCCUUCUGAGUUUUUGGAUAGUGUAAUUUGCAUCUAUUUGAUGGUUUUAGCUGCUGGUUUUUUGUUUGGAUUUGGAUGCAGUUUAAUAGUUUGUUAAUAUGUGAUGCUGCUUUGUUGGGUUUUCUUGUGUAUAUGGUGCUGUUUGUACCCUUUAACUGUUUGAAAAAUUAGUUAGGAGGUGAAGAGACUAUUGAAAUUUGUUUCUUUAUCGAUAUUUGCUUGCUCAUAAAUAAUCUGAAUUUGUUGCAAGAGAAACCAGAGGAAUUAUUUGUUAGAAAUAGAAUUUAAUUCAUUUUGGUGGAUGGGUGGAUUUGCUGGGCUGGUACUGGUGGUUUACUGAGAUUAUGAUAACUUGGAAUGAAGAUUUUCUUUACUUGGUUUUUGUCAAAAACAAAGUGGGCAUUUUAAUUUUAUUGUAUUCUUAUUGCUUUUUCACUUAAAUUUUAAAGAUAAAGAAUACUUUUAGAUGGAUUUUAAAUUUAAUAGUGAAUGGUGCUAUGUGGCAGUGGAUUUAGAUAAGGGAAUUGAAAUAGCAGAGAGCUCUGCUGGACAAGAGUUGGUUUUACAGGACAGUGAUUCUAUUGUGCGAGGAGGUGAUUCAAUUGUAGAACCACAUGAAGGUAUGGAAUUUGAAUCUGAAGAUGCUGCCAAGAUAUUUUAUGAUGAAUAUGCUCGGCGGGUAGGAUUUGUAAUGCGUGUGAUGUCUUGUCGUCGUUCUGAAAGAGAUGGAAGAAUUCUUGCCCGUCGACUUGGUUGUAAUAAGGAGGGUUAUUGUGUUAGCAUACGUGGCAAAUUUGGGAAUGUUCGAAAACCACGUUCUAGUACAAGAGAAGGUUGUAAGGCAAUGAUUCAUGUUAAGUUUGACAAGUCUGGAAAGUGGGUGAUAACAAAAUUUGUGAAGGACCAUAAUCAUCCUCUUGUAGUGGCUCCACGCGAAGCUCGUCAAACAAUGAGUGAAAAGGACAAGAAAAUUCAAGAAUUAACCAUGGAACUGCGGAAUAAGAAGCGCUUAUGUGCCACGUAUCAAGAACAGCUAACUGCAUUCAUGAAAAUUGUUGAAGGACAUAGUGACCAGCUAUCCAAGAAAGUUCAAAAUGUAGUAAGAAAUCUUAAAGAAUUCGAGUCUAUAGAGCAGGAGCUUCUGCAGCAUAGAUAGUCUCCACAUAUGACGUAAGUAAACAACAUCUCCAUGCCAUUUUGUUGUGAAAUAUUUUUACUUCCUUUUCUCAUUCUCCUUUACUAGUACUAGACAUGCUUAGAAGGGAGAAAUUUAGCCAUACUAAUUAUAAAUGUAAUUACAAGAUAGUUUCCACUUUCCUGAUUUGUAAUUGAUGAACACAGCAAAAGCAAGAAAAUGAGAAUCAAGUUGGCUGAUUGUAUCAUGUGUGAGCACAAAAGUUGAUGGGGCUGCUAUAAUGUGUUUUAUAUCAAUGCUUGUAGAUUCUAAUGUUUUUGCAGGUAGCAGAAUGAUGAAUUGACCUUGGCAAAUGAUGCAUAACUGCGUGGCGCUGUGGGUGCAAUCGGUUCUUUUUUCAGUUCUGAUAAUUGUACAUCUACUAAUUGAAAACAAGAGUGAGUUUGUUUGGUUUUUUGGUUUUACCUCAAAUAUUGAUGCCUUUCUUGCACAAGCUUUGGCAUAUGUAAACCAUGGAGUCCUGGAUAGUAGAGAGAAAUUAUCUCAACUGAAGCCAUUCCUUUCACAA